AUGGACGGCGCUGAUCCUCAAACUUUACGUUUCUUGCAACAAUUACAAGCAGAAACGCAGCGCCAAAAGUUUACUGAGCAGGUUCAUACCCUAACCAGUCGCUGUUGGGAUGUUUGUUUCGGAGACUAUCGCCCACCUAGCAAGAUGGACGGGAAAACUCAGACGUGUAUCCAGAACUGUGUUAACCGUAUGAUUGAUGCUGGAAACUAUAUGGUUGAGCAUUUACAGAAGAUGGAAGGAGGAAAAGGAAUGGUUUAA